AUGAGUAUAAGAUGGCCGAGGCUUCUAACACCUACGCACCUCUCUCAGAUUAUACGAAAGCAGAAAAACCCAUUAACAGCUCUCCAAAUUUUCAGUGAAGCUAAAUGCAAAUACCCCAAUUACCGUCACAACGGUCCAGUUUAUGCCAACAUGAUCAGCAUACUCGGAAACUCAGGCCGAAUCAAUGAGAUGAAGGAAGUAAUUAAUGAGAUGAAAAACGACUCCUGUGAAUGCAAAGAUUCAGUUUUUGUUUCUGUAAUUAAGACCUAUGCAAGAGCUGGGUUGCUGGACGAGGCAAUGUCCCUUUUCAAGAACAUUUCACAGUUCAACUGUGUGAAUUGGACGCAGUCUUUCAAUACCCUUUUGGAGAUUAUGGUGAAAGAGUCCAAGCUUGAAGCAGCUCAUCGUAUUUUCAUGGAGCAUUGUUGUGGAUGGGAAGUGAGCUCGCGGGUUCGGUCCUUGAAUUUGCUUAUGCUUGCUUUGUGCCAAAAGGGUCGUUCAGAUAUUGCACUGCAAGUUUUCCAAGAGAUGGAUUAUCAAAGUUGCAAUCCGGAUAGGGAAAGUUACCGGAUACUAAUGAGAGGGUUGUGCGAAGAUAAGAGGCUGAACGAGGCAACCCAUUUGUUGUAUUCAAUGUUUUGGAGGAUUUCUCAGAAGGGUUGUGGUGAAGAUGUUGUGAUUUACAGAACCUUGUUAGAUGCCUUGUGUGAUAAUGGGCAGGUUGAAGAUGCUGUGGAGAUUCUUGGUAAGAUAUUAAGGAAGGGGCUCAAGGCCCCUAAGCGGUUUCGCCACAAUCUUGAUCUCAGCCAUUAUGGUAAUGGUGAAGACACAGAAGGCAUUAAGCGUUUGAUCAAUGAAGCUCUGGUCAGAGGUGGGAUACCCAGUUUGGCUAGUUACAGUGCUAUGGCAAUCGAUCUCUACAAUGAAAAUAAGAUUGGUGAGGCUGACAAAGUACUGAAAGAAAUGCAAGACAGAGGCUUUAGGCCAACAGCUUUGGUCUUUGAAGCAAAGGCAGCCGCAUUGUGUAGGGAAAGGAAAGUUGUUGAAGCAGUGGAGGUGAUUGAAAAGGAGAUGGUGGAGGCAAACUGUGUUCCAACUGUAAGAGUGUAUAGUGUUGUGGUAAGAGGCCUUUGUAGCGAAGGGCAGUCUGUUUUGGCCAUUUUGUAUCUGAAGAAGAUGGAAAAGCAGGUGGGUUGUGUUGCAGACAAGAAAACCUAUGGCAUUUUGGUCAAUGGGCUUUGUGGGGAGAGUAGAUUUCUUGAAGCAAGCAGAGUAUUGCAGGAGAUGUUGAUCAAGUCACAUUGGCCUUGUGCUGAGACUUACAAUAGAGUUAUUACUGGCCUUUGCUCAGUGGGCAAGCAAUAUGAAGCUGUUAUGUGGUUGGAGGAGAUGACGAGUCGGGCUAUGCUACCGGAAUAUUCUGUAUGGAGCUCAUUGGUGGCAUCUGUGUGUUGUAACAUGGCCAACAUUGCGGUUUGCGCGGACGCCUAUAAGAGGCUAAAGAGUUCUUGA